GUUUCGAACUUUCACCAAAUAAAAGGGCUAAACUUUUCUCUCUUUUAUCUCCUCCAUCCAAAACACCCUAGUCAGAGCAGCAGCAGCAGCUUCUCAUUAGCCUCAGAGAUGGCAAAGUCAAAGAACCACACCGCUCACAACCAAUCUUACAAGGCUCACAAGAAUGGCAUCAAGAAGCCCAAGAGGCACCGCCACACCUCCACUAAAGGGAUGGAUCCAAAGUUCUUGAGGAAUCAGAGGUAUGCGAGGAAGCACAACAAGAAGAGCGGAGAGUCUGCUACUGAAGAAGAGUAAAUUUUAAUGGGAAGGAAAAUAGCUUUGAUUAGGGUUUUCUAAUUGGGGCUGUUUUGCGUUUUCCUCUCUUUGGGUCUUUUCAAUGGAAUUUAGUGUUAAUUUACUGUCUACUCAGCUUUAGCGCCUGUAUUGUUUUUUGGGAUUGUUGAUUGUCCUUGUUAGAAAAGAUUUGAAGCUGUAAGCUAUUAAUAUCAAGAAGAUAUUUUGAGUUUAUUUGCUGUU